GCUUCAAGAAGUUGCGCAGUGAAGUGGAGAAAUGUCUUUUGCUCCAAAAAGUGCUCUGGUUACCGGUGGAAGUGGAGGCAUUGGAUCUGCAAUCGUUGAGGAACUCCUCAAAAAUGGGAUUAAGAUUCUCGCCGUUCUGGAUAUCAGUCCAGAGGAACCAUCCAUUGUCCAGGAGUGGAGGAAGAAAUUCCCCGGAGUCACUGUGAAGUAUUAUCGAGUGGAUGUGACUUCGCAGGAGGAAUUGGAGAAAUGCUAUGCAGAAUUCGUGAAAGAGGCCAAGAACUUGGACGUUGUGGUGAAUUGCGCGGGGAUCUUCAAUGAGAACAUCGCCAAAAGAGUGGUGGAUGUGAAUUUGGGUGGAGUUAUUCUGUCAACCAUCGUCGCUAUUGAGCAUAUGAGAGCGAACGGGAAAGGCAAAGGUGGAGUUAUUCUCAAUAUUGCCUCAAUUGCUGGUCUUGAGCCAUUCGGCAUGGCGCCGACUUAUUGUGCCACGAAACACGGCGUUAUUGCCUUCACUCGAGCCAUGGAUCACAAGCGUGACUUUCUGGGCAUCAGAUUCCUCAGCCUCUGUCCGGGAACCACUGACACGGAUUUGUACAAUAAUUGCUUCAAAUUGGCAUUCAUGCCGACAAAAGGGCUGGAAGACACUGUCAGAAGUCUUCUCGUUUUGCAGACUUGCGAGGACGUUGGCAAAGCGGCGCUGAAGUACAUUCAGGAGGGAAAGUCCGGAAGUGUGUGGGUUAUCGAUAGUGGCAAAAUCAUGGAAUGUCCUGUUAAAGACAUCAGACUUUAAGUCUUCACAGUCAGCCUUAAAAGUGUUUCAGGGGAUUAAUACAUCAUCGAUACAUUUGUCAUCAUUGUCUCUCCGAAGUACAAUAAAAGCACAACUAUUAGGUUGGCGGAAGGAAGAAGCAAACAUAUAACAGGCAAUAAAAGCUUCAAGCUUUUUCUCACUGAACUUUUCACUCACUUGAAUUGUGCCACCUUCUCAUGUUGCGCUCACGCUCAAGUGUUUUUGCUGGCGGUGUGUUUUGUGUUGGAAACAAGACCACAAUAAUGUUGGGUGUAAUAUAUAGUUGCAGCCUCAUAAACUAUGAUUGAUUAUGAACUUGUGCCGUUGACACUUUUGAAAAAUGACCAACAGCAACCAGAGGGCAAAUAUUUGUUGAAUUCUGGGCGAAUAUGCCAUGGAGAGAUGAGUUUUUGGGGCCAUGGGAGAAUGGCAUCGCACAAUGUUGAUGAUAGUGUUUGAGAGAGUGAAAAAUUUUCAUACAUACAAAACACACACGCAUUUCGAGGACGCGUGCAAAAAAUUAGCCCCAAAAUUCACCAUCGCGAUGCCAUAAUGACAGAUUUGAAGCACACAAUAAUGCGGGGGUAAUUAAAAUUUUUCCAGCCCUCUUCACACACACACGCACGCCCAAAAUGCACUGUAAUCAAACAUAUUGCAUUAAAACACAUUAUUACCAUUCACCCUGAGUCACCAUCAUUGCAAAUAACCGCGCACACUAAAAUGCGAAAAUUUAAAGAGUAAAGAGGACGUCAGUGGAUAUAAAUGACAGGGCCUGUGUAGCUUUUAUUAUUUUCAGUUUUAAUUAAAUUUCUACUCCAUGUUAUAAUCAAGUAUCAAUAUACUGACAAUAAUUGCAAAACUCAUUCCCAAUUUCAAACUCAAUUGCAUUUAUUAACAAAUAUUCAUCCGCUUUCAGCGCUGUAUUUUUCAUACUCCGCACACAAUCCACUUAUGUGCACACAUACAUAAUACAUAUGUAUGUCCUGAGGAGGAGUAAAAUAUAUAGUUUAUGGCUUGUGGCGGAGGCUAAAUUAUGAAGAAGAAGAAGAAGAUAGAGGAUGAAAUUGUGAAACAGUAAAAGUGGCCAAUAAAACGAAAUAUUCAUCAUCAUUGAAAUUGCCAUCAAAUUUUAUUGCCUGCGACAAAUGUUGGAGAAUUUUGCAUGUGUU